UGAACGCCCACGCUUAAUAAACGCAAUGACAGUAAUCCCCCGCUGCCAUAGUGACAGAGCGCGAGAGAAACGAGCAGAUAAACGAAAAUAGAUUUGAGUGUUUAUCUGUUAAUUUAACUACAGAAAUAAUGGACAAUUCCGGGAAAGAAAAGGAGGCAAUUCAGCUCAUGGCUGAAGCCGAUAAGAAAGUGAAGUCUUCCGGCUCUUUUUUAGGAGGAAUGUUUGGAGGAAAUCACAAAGUGGAAGAGGCAUGUGAGAUGUACGCCAGAGCGGCCAACAUGUUCAAAAUGGCCAAAAACUGGAGUGCUGCAGGCAAUGCUUUCUGUCAGGCGGCCAGAAUUCACAUGCAGCUUCAGAAUAAACACGAUUCGGCCACCAGCUACAUCGAUGCGGGUAAUGCCUUCAAGAAGGCAGAUCCACAAGGUGAGGCCACAGAUCAACUUCCAGCUUCAUCACAGUCAGUUGAUUUAUUCUCUGAGAGCGUGGGAGAGUGGAACAUGUGCACCAAGCCUUACCGUGGUCUCUCACACGAACUACUUUUCCCAGAAGAAGGAUUCCCCAAACCAAAUUCUGUUUUUGAUUGUCCAAAGGCAAUUGCACAUUAUGAACAAGCUGCUGACUAUUACAAAGGAGAGGAAUCAAACAGCUCUGCAAACAAGUGUCUGCUGAAGGUGGCUUCAUACAGUGCCCAGUUAGAGCAGUACCCGAAAGCAAUAGAGAUUUAUGAGCAGGUUGGAACCAACACCAUGGACAAUCCUCUACUGAAAUACAGCGCCAAAGAAUACUUCUUCAAAGCUUCCUUGUGUCACUUCAUCGUGGACGAGCUAAACGCAAAGCUCGCUGUUGGAAAGUAUGAAGAGAUGUUUCCAGCCUUCUCAGAUUCAAGAGAAUGCAAGCUUCUGAAGAAACUUCUAGAGGCCCAUGAGGAGCAAAAUGCAGAGGCUUUCACAGAAGCGGUGAAGGAGUUUGACUCCAUCUCACGCUUGGACCAGUGGCACACCACCAUGCUUCUGCGGAUCAAGAAGACCAUUCAGGGGGACGAGGGCGACCUAAAAUGAUCUGGACAGUGGGGUGAUCACCCACUGCAUGGCACCCUCCUUCCCCCCUUCCAAUUCACAUCAGUUUCGUGCAAUGGCCAAGUCCGGGUUUCCCAAAACAGUAUGUCAAAAUGUAUUGCUGCAGCAUUUCUAGAGUAUAUACUUCUAAGCCUGUACUGUUACAUUGAUAUCCAGUUAUAUAAUAUAGCACAUAUCAAAAUUUAGCACUCCAGUUCAAAGAUCUGCUCUGGUUUCCCUGUUGCAUUACGGAGUGAACCGCCUCAGGACUAGGGCUGCACGAAAAUAUGAUCGUGGUUUUGCGCAGCUUGUCAGUGAACAACGGCUCUG